UCCCCAGCUAACAAGUAUCUUUGUAUUGGCAUAUGAACCUUCCUCCGUCACCUCCUCCUCCUCCUUUGUGCUUUCCUCCGGUACUCUUGUAUGUCAAGUUUGUACUAGCUAGCUUGACGCAGCUUGACGCAGCAGCACGUUUAACAGCAUGAGGUUCUCCUUUUCUUGCUCAAAAUGCUUCUCUUCUUCAUCUGAUAUGUCCACAGACAGUCCAUCAAUGCAAGGUUUACAAAUUCUUCAAAAUGUUCAUGCUUUCUCAUUUGAUGAAUUGAAAGUCGCCACCAAUGGAUUCCGCUCAUCAAAUAAAAUCGGGGAAGGUGGAUUCGGCUCUGUUUACAAGGGAGUACUGCAAGACGGGAGAAUCGUUGCCAUCAAAAUGCUUUCAGCAGAAUCAAUGCAAGGACACAGGGAGUUCAUGUCUGAAAUAGCUUCGGUGUCCAAUAUUAACCAUGAAAAUCUUGUCAACUUGCAUGGUGGAUGCAUUGAUGGCCCUUGUAAAAUUCUUGUUUAUGACUACAUGGAAAAUGGCAGCCUUGCUCAAACUUUGCUUGGUGGUGAGGAAAAUAGAGCUAGAUUCGGGUGGGAAACAAGGAGAGAAAUUUCGUUAGGUAUUGCUCAAGGUCUGGCAUAUAUUCAUGAAGAGAUCAAGCCUCAUAUUGUGCAUCGAGAUAUUAAAGCAAGCAACAUACUUUUGGACAAGAAUCUGUGUCCAAAAGUUUCAGAUUUCGGCCUCUCUAAACUAUUUCCUGAGAAUUUCACCCAUGUGAGCACACGAGUUGCAGGCACAUUGGGUUAUCUAGCUCCGGAGUAUGCCAUUAGUGGCCGCUUGACUCGGAAAACGGACGUGUACAGUUUUGGAGUGCUACUUCUUGAAAUAGUCAGUGGACGGAAAGCUACUGAUUUCGAUCCAGAACUUGGAGAGCACUACCUCGUGGAGAAGGCAUGGGAAAUGUACAAGGCUGACAACCUUCCAAAACUAGUGGAUCCGAUGCUAGAUGGCAACUUCUUAGGAGCAGAAGCUGUUGGAUUUGUAAAGGUUGCCUUACUUUGCGUACAGGAGAAAUGUGGGCUUCGACCGAGCAUGUCGAAGGCAAUUAAGAUGAUGAGAGGGGAAAUCGACAUCCACAACACGCAAAUAACACAGCCAGGAUUCAUCAUCGAUAUCAUGGAUGUGAAAAUAGGACGAAAACCACAAAGCUCAGUGCGAAGCAUCACAGGCAGGCGCAGCCCAAGGCUGUACCCUCUGUGAGCUGUGAGAAGACGUUCUUUGUUUUGUGUCGGGGAGAAAUCGUUCGAUAGCUUUUUAUUUUUUAAGAUGGUUAUACGAAUAGAAAAUGUUUUGGAUGUAGAACCCACCUUAAUUAGAUCUUGAAAACAUAGCUUGUAAAUUGAACUCAAACAAUGAAUGACAGAGGGUGGAAUAUUAUUCUUGCAA